CUUUCAGGCACAAACACCCUCCAUCAGCCUGAGGAAGCAUCUGCAGAUGGUCUGCUCUCUUCCUGGAUGGAGGGGCAAAGCAGCCAGAGGCCAGUCUGUGUGCACUGGUUUCUGCCACUUUCCGCAGUCCUGGGCCCAAAUGUGUUGCCUGACUUUUAAUCCACGUAACCCAGCUGCCAAAAUGAAGUGAGGCAGCACAAAAGAAAAGGAGAAAGCCUUUUUUAUAAGGGCAGGAACUGGUCUCACUGUCCAAACGGCGAGAGGAGCGGUUAGGCGUGUUAGUCUGCACCAAGGCAGCAGCCAGGGCAGGGCGGCAUCGUCCAGACGGUUCAGGUCCCUUCCAUCCCUAACUUCCUAGGAGUCUAUGUAAGGCAUAAGCUUUUGUAGACGCAGGCCUACUUCAUCAGAUGCCAGGAACGUCCCCGUUGUGCAUGCCCCGGGGCUACUGCCACCCAUCCUGGAGGCAGUAGCGGCCUUAGGGGAGGGCAAACUGGGCGACCGCCCAGGGCCCCACACUUUAGGGGGCUCCAAAAUUUUGCAAUAAUUUUUUUAUUUGGGGGGGCGGGAGUUAUUAAAAACGUUCUUUCUUCAACUUGUGAAUAAGUUUCCUGCACAGAGCAAAGUAAAAUUGAAAUAAAAAAUGGUGUGAGGAAGGGGAUCCAUGGUAUGAAACGCACAUCUUGCUCCAGUUGAGCAGCAAUCAAACGCUUUCCUGCUGUGCCUGGGGCCUAGCACAUGCCAUCCAGCUGCGGAGGGAAGCCAAAACCCGGGGGACCCCAGCGGCAGAGCGCAGCAAGGGGUGGCACAGCAGGCGGGAGAAGGAGCGCCUCACGGUGGGGUGCAGACCCUCGUGCCACCCCAGCCGCCAGAUGGCAGCACUGAGCGCCCGGCCCGGGCGGGCAGGAGCCCCUGCUCCGCGGCCCCUUUAAGGCAGGCGGCGGCCGGAAGUGCUGGCGGGAGAGCUGUCGCGGCUGCUGCGCAUGCUCACUCUUCCCCUCCCCCAGCCCCGGACUCGGGCGUUCGGAGACGCAAGAAAUGCCGCAGCUGGAGAUCUGUCACCGAAAAAACCCUGCCUCCAGCAAUCCAUUAAUGUCAGCAUGGGUCUCUCCAGCUGCAUCGUUCCUGGGGAGAGUUAAUGAUGUUGAGGCCUUUGUGGAAGCUGUUCCACGUGUCAGUGCUUGCAAAGGAGAAGACUCUUAGGUCAUGCAUGAUAAGACUGUAGAAGACCAGGGGGAAAGCCAACCAGACUGGGACAAAUUUGUGGAAGAUUGAAUUAAAGCCUGGACCACGAUAUACACGAUGUAAUUUGUUUUCCUCUCUCCAUAAGCUCGACUCAACCCGUCGACUUCAUGUGAGAGAUGGCAAAUGCCGAAGUGAGCGUCCCUGUUGGGGACGUGGUGGUCGUGCCAAGUGAAGGAAAUGGAGGGCAGAACCCAGAAGAUACCAAAACGCAAGUGAUACUGCAGCUUCAGCCCGUGCAGCAAGGUUUGUUUAUCGAUGGACACUUUUACAACAGGAUUUAUGAAGAGGGCUCUGAGACCAGCGCUGCUGUAGUAGCUGUAGAAACACACACCAUCCACAAACUUGAGGAAGGGAUUGACCCGAGCACCAUUGAAACCAAUGAGGAAAUUGAGAUUGCUUAUCCCAUCACCUGUGGUGAGAGCAAAGCCAUCCUCCUUUGGAAGAAGUUUGUCUGUCCCGGAAUUAAUGUCAAGUGUGUUAAGUUCAAUGACCAGCUGAUCAGCCCUAAGCACUUUGUUCACCUGGCUGGCAAGUCCACCCUGAAGGACUGGAAGAGAGCCAUUCGCCUUGGAGGAAUCAUGUUGAGGAAGAUGAUGGACUGUGGGCAAAUUGACUUCUAUCAGCAUGACAAGGUUUGCACCAACACCUGCCGAAGCACCAAAUUUGAUCUCUUGAUCAGCAGUGCCAGAGCACCAGUGCCAGGGCAACAGACGAGCGUGGUGCAGACUCCCACAUCAGCGGAUGGGAGCAUCACCCAGAUUGCACUUUCUGAGGAGAGCAUGGAGGAGGGGAUUGAGUGGAACUCUGCCCUGACAGCUGCUGUCACCAUGGCCACUGAGGAGGGCAUGAAGAAGGACAAUGAUGAGAUUUCGGAGGACACGCUGAUGUUCUGGAAAGGCAUAGCUGAUGUGGGACUGAUGGAGGAGGUGGUCUGCAACAUCCAGAAGGAGAUUGAAGAAGUGCUGAAAGGAGUUCAGCAGCGGCUUGGCCAGUCUUCCUUCCCAAUCACGGAUGCUGCAGUCCUGAAUAAUGUGGCUCACACUUUUGGCUUGAUGGACACUGUCAAGAAAGUUUUGGAUAACAGGAAAAGCCAGACGAAUCAGGGAGAAGAGCAGUUUCUUUAUACUCUAGCAGACCUGGAACGUCAGCUGGAGGAGCAGAAGAAGCUUGCCAAGGAUCAGAAGGCAAAGUCUCAGACUAUCCAGAAUGUGGUGCUGAUGCCCGUCAGUGCUCCAAAGCCCCCUAAAAGACCCCGCCUGCAGCGCCCUGCUUCAGCCACAGUCUUAAGUCCUUCUACCCCCAUCCAGCAGCCUCAGUUCACGGUCAUAUCGCCUAUUGCCAUUGCACCUAUGGGACAACAGUUCUCAGUAGGCAACAUCCCAGUGGCAACCAUCAGCCAGGGCUCCAGCCCGAUGACUGUUCACACCUUGCCAUCUGGCUCGCAGCUUUUCCGGUAUACCACUGUGGUGUCAUCCUCCAAGACUAACUCAUCUGACACUGUGACCCUUCAUCCAUCCUCCAGCCUGGCACUGCUGAGCUCAGCUGCUAUGCAGGACAGCAGUGCCAUAGCUAACAUGGCUGCAGUGGUGAACCCGGUGGAACUGGUGGCCAUGGAGUCUGGCCUGACCUCUACCAUCCAAGCUGUUGAGGGCACCUCAGAAGAUGGACAGACCAUCAUAGAGAUAGACCCAGCACCAGAUCCUGAAGCAGAGACUGAGGAGUCAGAAGCUAAAGCUGUGAUUCUGGAAACAGAGCUGAGGACUGAGGAGAAGGUGGUGGCAGAGGUUGAGGACCAUCAGCACCAGGUCCACAAUGUAGAGAUUGUGGUCUUGGAGGACUAGCCAGGAAAGCGAAUCUCAUGGUUAAGGGGAGGAUUGCUUUCUUUGUUGUUGAACUAAUUUUUACAGCCACCCUGUUAGUUCCCAUGGGUUUUGUUCUUUCUUUUUUUUUAACAAUUAUUUAAAAAAAAAAAAAAGCUGGAGAAACACUUAUACCCAAGGAAAAGGCUCCUUUUCUGCAGAGCCAUGGACAAAACCUACUGCUUGCAGGGAGGAGGAAGAAUUCCUUUGCCUAAACUCCCCACAGACCCCAGGAAGGGGACCAAAGGCUUCCUCUUCCUGAGAUUGCACAAUGGGACAGUCUGCAUGCUUGGGUUUUAGGGGGCUGGGGGGAGGGGGUUCUUUUCUUGUCCAGACCUGAUCAUUGCUAGGACAAUUUUAAUGCGGGAAGACUGUUCCCAGAGUAACUGGAGCAUUGAUCUGCCUGGGAAGGGGGUGCUUCUUGCUUUGGGGGAAACCAGUACCUCAUCUUCAUUUUUUUCCCCAGGGAAGGGAAUUCUGUCUAACUCUUCAUUAUCAACUAUGCUGGUAAUUUGCUUUUGGUGGAGAAAGCAACAACCCUUGUUCUUGUGUUCUUAGUCCUUCUUCCUACCCAACAGGAGGUGGGAUUUGGGGGUUUUUUGUUUGUUUGUUUUGGUUUGUUCUCCCUUCCAGAUCUGCCAGGUGCAAAAAUCCUUGAGCUGCUCUUAUCAGUUUUGGGUUAUUUAACCCAAAUCCUGCCUCUUCCUUUUCCCCUCCCUCACCCCUUAGGUUUUUUUAUUGCAGAUGCUUUUGUAAGACACUGAGAUUGCUUAAGCCUUGUGCAUAAAAGAGAAAAAUUAACUCGAGCUAGAAAAAAAAAAAAAAAAAAGAAAGAAAAGAAAACACAGCCCUCCCUUUAGCCUAAUGCUGACCUCCUGGAUGUAUAAAGCGUGUGUUGUGCUGUUGCUUCCUGGGAGAGCUGGACUCUGGGCCUAGGAGCACCUUCUGUUUACGCUGCACGCUGGGAACUGUACCAUGCUAGUUGCUAUGUUUGGUGUUUUUGUUUUUUUACUCCCUUAAUUUGCAGGAUUAGGACUGGCUUGCUACUUUCGCUGUGUGACUGCCUCUCCCUCCCAUUUCUUUCACAGAUUUCUUUCGUUUGGCUGUGAGGUGAGGAAGGAAAGCUCAGUUCAGCUGUUGAAUUGCAGAGAAUUGGGAGGGGUAGGGGAAUAUCUGCUUGUUUGGAAAUAUUAAACAAGAUGACAACAAAUUAAAUAGACCCAGGGGUGGGGACAGGGGAGGAAGAUGUGUUUUGGUUAUUUUUUUGCAUUAAAAAGAAAAAAAAAUCUACAUGCAGGUGGAUUGCUUCUUAACACAAAGGACAACAGUGGAUUUCUUACAAGUAUUUUAAUAGCGCCACAGGCCAGAUCAGGGACCUGUUUUACAAGAUGCUAUACUUAUGCAGAGUAGACGUUUCCUGUAAGAGCUCAUGCUCUGCACAGAGAAGACACGGGAGGUAGGAAAUGCUGUUUUAUCCCCAUCUUAUUGACUUGAGAUCUAAGACAGAGAUACUCAUUGCAUCCCAUCGCAUCUGUGCGAACUGAAUGUGUCACUCUGCCAUCCUGAGUCAGUAGUAUGUUAUAUCCAUGUUCCAUGUAUGUAAGUAUCAGGGUGCAGAGGGAAAUUUAAGCCCUUUGCUUUGCUUCUGCUCACAGAUGGUUUUUGAUGAAGCUGACAACUGAACUUAGAUCUUUGUCUCCAUCCUGACCUUUAGCUCCCGUACAGUUAUUUCUUUCAACUGUUGCCUUUACCCCCUUCUCUAGAGCCUUGUCUCUCCAGGAUUCUUAAUUGGAGUUCCUCCUCUACCUUUUGCAAGAUACAAAGAGCAGAAUCUUGAGCAUGGAGCAGACAUAGGUCCUUUAUUGGAAACUAUACCUGGAAUUCUCUGCCUCCAGGAGCAGACAGCUGGACUGGGUUUUCUGCUUACUGAAGAUUCCUUCCAGGCCUUUUCAAAACUGUAGUUUGUUUGUUUAUUAACCUGUUGUGCACUGGAUCCUAUAUUAGUGAUGUUCACAGCCACUCCAGGACUAGAGGAGGAAUUUUGGACUGGAUGCCAUGCAUGGUAUUGGAAGGUGACCAACAAGGUUGAACCAAUUUGCGCUAUGCUGUGCUUCAUUCCUGCAGUCCCACAAAAGACGACCAGCAUCUGCUGUUGACCAGGAGAAAAACCAGGGUCCAGGCAAGCUUUGCUUCUGUCAGUAUAGUUUGAAGCCUCCUCAAAAUGCACUGAAAAAGGAGUUGUCAUGUGUUUGGUUUCUCUGACUAGUCAGCUCUUUAGAGGUGGGGUUGGAUCAAGAUGAUAGGAACAGCAUCUUCUGGUGAAAGCAGGCCCUUUAAAAGCUACAGCUCUGACAUCCCUUACACACUUGUGACUCUAACUUAACUAUAGUGAUUUUCUAGGUUCUUGGGCUUUUAUUUCCUUCUCUAGGGAAUUAACUGCCCUUCCACUAUACUGCUAUAUAAGGCAAGACUACAGAAACAAGCCCCAUUAACUUUUUUUGGUUGUUCAAAAUACUGUGGAGACCUGAGGCCUAUUCCUGCUCCCACUGAAGUUGAUGGCAAUAUCUUACACUGAAAGUUGGAUCAGGUUUAUUAGAGCAGAGUGAGCUCAAGUAUAAGGGAAAGGCUCAGAACCACAGUGGUGCACCCUUUGGAAUGGGAAAUCAGCAUGGCAUUAGGGUUUAUCACAUGUCCACAGCUUAUAUUCAUUCAUGUUUACAGCUUAUCAUUAACAUAGAAAAAAAGAAACUGGACUGAGCACUGGCAGGCAAAGGGGUUGAUGGGCAAGUAAUGACUGCUGGCAAAAUCCAGAAAGAAUGAAAAGGAUAUAGGUGUUUUCCAUUGAAAACUGAAACAACAUGAUCAUCCUGACCAUGGUAGGAAAUUAAUACAGCAGCCAUGGUCAGAAAUCUGUCGUUAUGGACAUGCAGCAUGCUACUGUACCCAUGUUCACCUCUGCCUAGUGUUGAAAAUAUUGCAUGUUGGUGAAUUCAGCACGUGGCCUCUUCUUUUUGGUUGUUUUUGUUUUAAUUGGAAAUACAACACACCCUUCCCACUCCUUUCCAAAAGUGUCAGGAAAGACAAAUAACUGGCCAGACUGGAAAGCAGCUGUGCUUAAAUGGCUUAAAUCUGCUCCUCUCAGAGCUAUUGCAAAAGUGUAGAGUCUCUAUUGGACAUAUAGGACGAGUAGGCAGUAACUAGCAAUGCCAAAACCUUGAUAUGGGGGGGAUGAGACAGGGAACAGAUAAACUAAAGAGGGGAGCAUGUUAGAGUGAUGAGCGGCCUGCAGUGGUAGGUGAGGGAAGGAACACAUUUGUAAGGGAGAGGCUCCCAUUUCUGAGUGAUGGUUAUUGUUGCCAUUGAGAAGAGCUGACUUUCUGUGGCUGGGUAUUGUAAUGUGUAGAAAAGAUUUAGUCCUCUGGAAGGACAUUCCUUUAGGCCUUUAUAAGGUGUCUGUCCCACUAAGGAGCAAGAUGUUGUGAGCCUAGCCCUGUUACAUUAAAGGCUGCCUUCUCAGUCUGUCUCUGACACAUUGAGGGCUGUGCUGCUGGCUGGAAAGGAUGGAGGAGAGAUGGAGCAAAACCUUUAGGGGCCAGGGCCUGGGGGUGUGGGACCCAAUUGGCUCACUCACUGUCACGGGCACGGAAGCCUCCUUUUUGUCUUAUUUCUCAGGUUAGUUUAUUCCUGCUUCUCCAGUGAGAAGCCCCUCUCUCUGCACAGCCUCAACAGAGCAUAUGGUUUGUCCAUAGAUCAUCAGUCCCUUGGGGGUGGUUCCAGUGCCUCAAAGUCUGUCAGUCGGCUCCAAAAGAGCGGAAAAGAGCUAGUGCUGCUGGCUCCAAGGAUCAAGUACUGAGCUGUCAGAAAAGGGGCGAGGCAUCCUGCCCUGACUAAAAGUUGGAAUGCAAGAGGGAAUACAUUAAGGGCAUGAGUCGGAGUAGGGCCAAGGACACCACAGACAAUGCCCUCAAGGAAAGGACUUUGACAGCCUCAUUUCCAGGUUACUUCCCCAGGGACUCGGGGGUAGUGCAUCUUUUAAGAAGAAUCCUCUUUUCAGGAAUUUAUCCUCAACACCCCAAAACAUUCUUCAUUGAACCAAUUUUUGAUCCAUCUGCUGAUCUUCAUCAUCUUGUCAUGCCUUCUUCAUCUUUCUCUAGGGACUGAAGGAAUUCUGCUGAAGAUUAACUGAGCCUUUGCUCGUUAGAACACCUGCAGCCUGGCACGGUUGUCUCCAGUCCAUUUGGGCAGGAAUCUGCUAGUGUUAUUUGUCCUGGCGUGCAGACCACCAGUGCAUUUUUCUCUUUGCACAUCAGCAUCAUUUCAGGCUUAGGUGCAUAUCUUGUGUUCUUGUUCUGGUCUUCUCUGGAUCCACUCUGGUGAUGGACCUGUGGAUUCAUCUUACUGCAGUUUUCAAUUGUGAUUUCACACUUUCUUGGUGGUGGCGAGAGUCUCAGGUUCUCUCCCUUUUGCACUUUUCUGUCAGCAGGUCACUCCAUCUUCUGUUAUCUUUCCCAAUCACCCGUGUAACAUCCUCUUUGCUCCUUGGGUUCUGGUUCUCAGCUGCCUGCAUUACCACUUUCUUUGAUCUGUGGAGACUGGCUUGCUUUCUUCUCCAUCUCAACCUGCUUUGCAGGAAACUUCAUCAAUUCUGUGUUUCCUCUGCUAGCAGAUUUCUUCCUUUGUCUUGUCCUUGCGACCACGUUCAACUUGUAUUUAGUGGGUUGCUUUCUGGGUCCCGUUGUUCUCCAACUGUAGACAAAUCAUGGUUUGUUAGACCAUCCCCUCUUCUCUCCUCCUUCAGGUCCUCAUCCAGACAACACCACUGCCUCCAGCUGCAUGGCUAGUCCUCCCAUCGUCUCUCCCGCUCACUCUAGAAGGCAACGUUUCAUAUUGACGGCGGCUUCCAUAACUAGUCCUCUCCCGCGCGCAUUCUCCUGCCUUUGUGUCCAGUCGCUGUCCUCUCUUCAGGUCACCUCGCUGGCCGCCUUUGCAGCCAUGAGCAUCUUUUGGUCCUUCUAGGCCUUAGAGAAGAAAUGUCCCCAAUUCUCCACUCUGCAAGUGCCCACUCAGCACCCGUGCUCCCCUGCUGGCAGGGGCAGCCCGUGCGGGGGGGGAGGGCCUGGCGGGGGGGAGCCUCUGGGCGGUGCACAGGGUCAAGUCGAGGGGGGGCGGCUUUAUGGUGCACAGACACUGAUCAGCGGAAAGGCAGCCGAGGCGCCCAGGGCGGCGUUCAGCGCGGAGGCUUCCCGGGAAAGCAGCGAGUCGGGAGCCCGUUCCCCGGGCGGGGCGGGGCGGAACCUGCGAGCGCGAGCGCGUGCUCCGGAGGGAGGUGUCUUACCAACGCACCCGGAAGUCUGCUAAGAAGAGGGCUG